AUGUUUGCUAAAAGUGCAUUCAAAGCUUUGGGGCGACUGCUGCAUUUUCUAAAGACUACAAAGGUCAAGGAUAUGACCGAGGAAUCAUGUGAGCGCCUUCAGCUUUUGUGGGAGGAGCAAUCACAGCCUUCCGCAUCUGCACUUCGCUCUCCUGAGCAUCUACAUCACGCAUCCGCCUCUUCAUUUCAUUAUCGAACUUUCGAUGUUUUGGAGAAUGAAAUCAAGAGGCGGAUGCGUGAUGUAGAUGCUAUGGAGAGCGAAGUGCAGAUGCGGAAGGCUGUGGUUGCUGUUGCAAAGAAAGACUUGGCAAAAAUGGAGGAACACAUCAGUGGGAUUGACAUGGAUAGUGAGCUGGGUUUUGGACCAAAAGAUCAAAAAAUGGCCUGA